ACAAUAUAUUUUUUCUUUAAGGCAGAAUUCUUAAAGACUAAAAGAUACAAUAUUUGGUUAAAAUAAAAAGAGCAUGUUAUAUAUCUGCCAGACAUCGAAACGUUAAUCUAAACACUCCGCCAUGAAGUUAAAAGCGGAGGAAAUGCUCUUCAAGGACAGUAGACUUAUCAGUGUAUCCAUCUAUAUACUGUGAUAUCCAUACACUAACCCUGUUUCUCAGACAGACACAUGAUCUGUGUGACUGUGCUGGGCAGUCAAAUGAUGUCAUUGUUCUCAGUUCACCUGGAGCUAAGGCUGAGGUUGUGAAAAGUUUUCAUGUGAUCCACUGGCAGUAUAGAAAGGCUUUCAUAUCUCUGCCUCAGGGGUCUGCGUGUGCAGCGAUUUCAGACCACUUACUGCCAGCAGACACUAAUCUCUGCUUUUAUAACUGGCACAGAAAAGACUUAUACAUAAGUCAAAACAUUUUCAUAACAUUUGCAAUUAGAAACCAUGCACCAAAAACAGAUCGGCCUUAGGGCUACUUAGACAUAAGCUUUUUAUUUUAAAUGGUUCACGCAAAUUCUGUAAUGCAAAAUUCUCAAAGUCUUUUAGUGACGUUUUAUGCUUUGCUCAGUGCUCAGACAGCAGUAAUGGCUUUGGAUGUGCUAACCGCACAGGAAGUGACUUAAGUGACUUUGAAAGAGAAUUUGGCCAAAAGGUGGGACAUGAUUUUUCAUGAGAGCUGCCUCUGUUAGUUAAACAUAAUGUGGCCAAGCCCAUCUAUGUGCUCUGAGAGGAAGGAGGAGUUGUGUUUGAACAGCACUGUCUUCUAACUGUCUUCACUCCCAGAGGACGCAGGACGCACAAGGUCUGGGCGCCAUGCAACAGGGACAAGAGUGAGACCUUCAUGCACGUUUGAAACCAAACUUCCUGAAUGAAUUGCGUGAAGCUGACAGAAGAACUACAACAAAGAAUUUUGUUUGUGUGUAUGCGUAAAACUAAUGUCUCACACCUAAAAACGGAAUAUUUUUUUACUCCCGAAUGUUGAUAGUUGGGAGUUUUAAAUGAUGCUGGAUAUUUGGUGACCUCUCUUGAAUUAGUUGAUACUGAAGCAUUCUGCGAAUUCUACGAAUUCCUAAACUUUACGCGGAACCGCGCACCCACCUGUGCCUAAAACGGCGCUGUGUUCAGAGCUCGUUAAAAUGACCAACGGGUCACAUAACUCCAUCCUCCACACGGAUUUCUCCUCACUGAGUGACUAUAUGGAAGACAACGAAACAAACUCCUCUUUGGGGGAGCGCAACUCUCUGGGCUGCGUGCAGAUCCGCAUCCCACAGGAGCUGUUCCUUGCGCUGGGUCUCACCAGUUUGGUGGAAAACAUCUUGGUUGUGCUGGCUAUAAUCAAGAAUCGUAACCUACACUCGCCCAUGUACUACUUCAUUUGCUGCCUGGCCGUGUCUGACAUGCUUGUCAGUGUCAGUAAUGUUGUUGAGACUAUGUUCAUGUUACUGAACGACCACGGACUGCUGGAGGUGCACCCGGGAAUGCUGCGCCACCUGGACAACAUCAUUGAUGUGAUGAUCUGCAGCUCCGUGGUGUCGUCCUUGUCGUUUCUUUGUACCAUCGCCGCUGAUCGUUACAUUACCAUCUUUUACGCGCUGCGCUACCACAGCAUCAUGACCACUCAGCGCGCAACAGCCAUUAUUGUUGUGGUGUGGCUCGCCAGCAUCACGUCCAGCAUCCUCUUUAUUGUGUACCACACGGAUAACGCGGUCAUCGUCUGCCUCGUCACUUUUUUCUGUACAACGUUAGUUUUCAACGCCGUGCUUUACCUGCACAUGUUCCUGCUUGCGCAUGUGCAUUCACGGCGCAUCAUGGCUUUCAACAAAAGGCGCCCGUCCACAAGUAUGAAAGGCGCAGUCACUCUCACCAUUCUUUUAGGCGUCUUUAUUAUUUGCUGGGGCCCCUUCUUCCUCCACCUCAUUCUCAUUCUCACAUGUCCCACGAACCCAUUUUGCAAUUGUUUCUUCAGAAACUUCAAUCUUUUUCUCAUUCUCAUCAUAUGUAACUCAUUAAUUGAUCCGCUCAUUUACGCGUACAGGAGCCAGGAGCUGCGCAAGACUCUACAGGAGCUCAUCUUAUGCUCCUGGUGCUUCGGUGUCUGACAUUUUGCUUCUAAAGGGUUAGAAUUAGAGGAGACUAAGUGAAGGAAUCUCCAAGUCCUCUUUUUUCUGAAUGUACCCAAC